CAGAAGAACACGUGGAAAGAGCCGGAAGAGCGGAGCCGGAACGUAUGGAAUUGAAAUAUCCUGGCCCAGCUGUUCUCGUCGAGCGUAGCUAUGCAGCAUUCUCUCUUUUCACUCCUGUGGUCUUUGGUGAGCUUUUUGGAAAAAGUUCCAAAGUGUGUGGAUCCACCUGAGGUAGAUUUUGGAGAGAUCAUAAGUGAUUUGGGGCACAAAUAUGGCAAUAAAGUGCAAUAUGAAUGCAACAUGGCCUAUAUGUUGUCUGGUCCAAAGUGGAUUACCUGCCUUGGAAACAAGUGGACAUCACCCCCAAAAUGUCUGGCCCCUUGUAGAAUCACAAAGCUGGAGCUGGAUAAGAGAAAACUACUGUUGUCCGAUAGCCGAAGUCGCACUUUAUCAGUUCUUCACGGUAAAGGCCUGGAAUUCGCAUGCAAGCAAGGAUACAAACUAAUACAGCCUUCAUUCAGGGAGUGUGUUGAUGGAUACAUGGACUUCCCAUUAUGUAUCGUAGUGAAAGGGAAGGCUUGCGGUCCCGCUCCUGGCAUUUCCAAUGGAGAUAUUCUUUCUUUAAAUAAAAAGGUGUACUCAGCUGGAGACUUUGUAGAAUACAAAUGCCAAAGCUUAUAUACACUGGAUGGUCAAAACAAGUCUUUCUGUUCUGAUGGACGAUGGACAGCAGUGCCCAAGUGUUUAAGCCCUUGCUCUGUCACAGAGAAAGAUCUGGCAACCAGAAACAUGAUGAAAAAAAACAUAUCUGAACAAAUCAGCUACUUACAAGUUGGAGAUUCCUUUGAAAUUAAAUGUCAAUCAGGUUACUUACUUGUAUCCGAAUCUGAUUUUAAGGUGCAAUGUGAAAAAGACCAGAUUAUUUAUCCUCAAUGCACUGAGCGGUGUGAAUUAUCAACAAAAGAAAUGGAGGAAAACAACAUUAAAUUGUUCUGGACCACUUUCAUCAAACGUGCAUUUGUUAGUCAUUUAGACACUUACGUAUUUACAUGUAGAAGCGGAUAUACGGAGGAUCCCAAUUCAUCGCCUUUCCAUGUCCGGUGUUUAAAAAGAGAAAUACAAUAUCCGAAAUGUGCUACCUUAAAGGAAUUAGGAAAGUGUGGGCCACCCCCACCUAUUAAAAAUGGGGAUAUGGCCUCCAGGUUGUACAUGGAAUAUGACUCGGGAACAUCAGUGAAAUACAAAUGUUCUAAAUUUUAUGAAAUGGAAGGAUCUGAAACAGUAACUUGUCAAAAUGGAGAGUGGACAAACCCCCCAGAAUGCUUUGAGAAAUGUGUGACAAGCCCAAAAGAAAUGGAGAGGAAUAAUAUACAGCUGAAAUGGGGAUUUUUAAAAUUUCUUUUCUUUAGUCCAGAUUCUUUUGAAUUUAUGUGUAAAAAUGGAUAUAUCGAAGACCCCUCAUCCUCUCCAUUUGAAGUGAGAUGCUUCAAAGGAGGAAUAAAAUACCCCAAAUGUAAUAUUCUGCAGGUAUGCUCGCCGUCUCAAGAAAUUAUGAAGAAAAAUAAUAUAGAAUUGACAUGGUCUUCUUAUUUCAGAAAAUUGGUUUUCAGUCAAGUAGACACUUUUGAAUUUGCAUGUAAAACUGGUUAUGGCAGGGAUCCAAAAUCUUCUCCUUUUAGAGCCUCAUGCUUGAAUGGAAAGCUAGAAUAUCCCAAAUGUACUUAGGUGAAGUAAGUAUUCUCAGUAUGCUGCACAAAGUUUUCCAUGAAUAAUUUGCCACCCUGCAUCGUAGAGUUUAGAGUACCCUUAAAGUGUCAUCCUUUUAGGCUUGAAAUUGAACUUCUAAAUUGGUCAUAUUUGUAAUCCCAUAUCAUGUGGGUAUACUAUACCUCUUUCUUCCUCUGCAUUGUUAGUUGAAAUUAAAAAUUAUCCCGGUUAGGAGUCCAAAUGAUUCCUUAGGGCUGUGGAUCAAUCUGACUGUGCAAACUUAUUGCUAGCUUUUGGUAUUUCUGAUCAAGGCAGCCAUGUCAAACUCAUUCCCGCGGAUAGAUGGCUUCUGCACUUAUUUAUACGUACAUAGGUCACAAUUCUAAAACAAUGCAAACGACCAAGACAUUAUCUGUAAUCUUAUCAGCGAUUUAGUACAUUAUUAAAUGAGAUAAAGAGAAGGAAAA